AGAGCAGACUGUGGUUCUGCCUCUCUCUCUCUCUUUCUCUCUCUCUCUCUCUCUCUCUCUCUCUUUCUCUGGCAGAUGGUGUCAGACUUUCAUCAUUCGUCAUGUCGCCUUCGGUCCGAUCGGUCCUUUCCGAUCGAGAAUGAAAUUUAACUUCUUCGUUCACUACUGAACCGAUUUGGAUUCUAAGCGAGGUUUCGUCUGAGAGAUUUAGAGCUUCAAAAAAGCAGACUUUGAAUUGGACUGAUAGAUCUGAGAUCUUCUACCAUUUCUGUAAAGAUAUGAUUUUUUCAUGCUCUUGAACUGGAGACCAGAUUUGCUCACUACAAGCUCGAACGGAACAAAGCUCUUCAGGAAGACCUCCUUGAUUAUCUUCGUGCGCCUCAUCUGUAUCUCUUAUUCUCGGUAUCGAGAAUCUUCUGAGAUUGUUCAAAGCAAACGCUCAAUAGUGAUUGCUCAUCUUUAAAACUUCUAGUCUGAUCUUAACGGAAAAUCUUUCAGAUAACAUCUUUAGCUCACUGUCUUCAGAUUUUUUUGCAAAAUCCAGGUGUGAUCUUCAAGCCUUUGUGGACAUUUUUGAUGGUUCCCUGCCGAAACCAUUGCAACCGUUAUGUCUGCUGAAGCUUGUCCUCUCACUGAGGCUCAGAUCGCUUUGUGUAGACUCGUCCAUCAUGGACCGAGACCUCAGGUCACCCUAAAACCUCUGAGAGCAGAGUUGGAACUGUAUGUGGAAAAAACUCGGGCUAAACAGAAACAAAGGAUGGAGGCCUCCUGUCUCGAGUUGGCUUUAGAAGGCGAGCGUCUGUGCAAAGCCGGAGACUUUAAAGGUGGCACAGCAUUUUUUGAGGCUGCGGUUCAGGUAGGAACGGAAGAUCUGAAGACCCUCAGUGCCAUUUACAGCCAGCUGGGUAACGCCUACUUCUACCUCAAGGAGUACGGCAAAGCACUGGAGUAUCACCGACAUGAUCUCACGCUCGCCAGGACGAUUGGAGACAGGAUAGGGGAAGCAAAGGCGAGUGGGAACCUGGGGAACACUCUGAAGGUGCUCGGACGCUACGACGAGGCGGUAGUUUGCUGCCAGAGACAUCUGGACAUCUCGCAAGAGCAAGGAGACAAGGUUGGUGAGGCCCGGGCACUGUACAACAUUGGGAACGUGUUUCAUGCUAAAGGGAAGCAGCAGUUGUGGGGAUGUUGUCAGGAGCCGGGAGACCUGCCGGGUGACGUGAGUGACACGUUACAGAGAGCCACAGCCUUUUACGAAAUGAACUUGUCGCUGGUGAAGGAGUUGGGUGACAGGGCCGCUCAGGGGAGGGCUUUCGGUAACCUUGGCAACACGCACUACCUGCUUGGUAAUUUUGUGGAAGCCAUCAAGUUUCAUCGCGAGAGACUUUCAAUUGCGAAAGAGUUCGGAGACAAAGCGGCCGAGAGGAGAGCAUACAGUAACCUCGGCAACGCGCUCAUCUUCCUCGGCCAGUUCAACUCAGCCACCGAGUACUACAGAAAAACGUUGCAGCUCUCUCGGCAGUUGAAGGACCAGGUGAUGGAAGCUCAGGCGUGUUACAGUUUGGGCAACACGUACACACUGCUGCAGCAGUAUGAGCGCGCCAUCGACUACCACCUCAAACACCUGCUCAUCGCUCAGGAGCUCAGCGACAGGGUGGGUGAAGGCCGUGCUUGUUGGAGUUUGGGAAAUGCCUACGUGUCAUUAGAAAACCACCGUCAGGCUCUGCACUAUGCGCACAAACACCUCGACAUCUCCAGAGAGAUCGGGGACAGAAAUGGUGAACUAACAGCUCGGAUGAAUGUGGAGCAACUGAUGGAGUCUCUGGAUGUGAAAGAGGGAGAUCUCUCUCCAUGCAGCUCAGAGUUUGAGUUGCAGGGAGCUAGGCCGAAGUUUAAGAAGAGGAACAGUAUGGACAGUGUGGAUCUUUGGAAGUACACGUCUGAAAAGUCUCUUGAAGAUGUGGUUAUUGUGCUGCAGAACGGAGAUGGACACGACUUGGACGGCGUGUCUCAGAAAUCUAAACAUCAGCUGUCUCACUCCAGCAGGAGGAAAAAGUACGCUGAGAGCCAGAUGUCAGAGGACAGGGCGUGGCUGGACUCACCUGUGGACGCAGAUGACAUCACUGUACAGGUAACACCACAGAAGCUGGGUCGUGGCCCCUCCGAUGAGGACUGCUUUUUCGACCUGCUCAGUAAGUUCCAGAGCAGCCGCAUGGAUGAUCAGCGCUGCCGCCUCAGCGAGGAUGCUAACGGUCAGGACGAGGACAUCGACGUCGCCGCCGACUCUGCCAUCAGCGACAUGAUAGAUGCCAGUCUCUUGGCCUCGCCUCAGACGGAAGAACUCUUUGAUCUGAUCGCCAGCUCGCAGAGCCGCAGACUGGACGACCAGCGGGUCAGCGUGGGCAACCUGCCGGGUCUCAGGAUUACCCACAAUAACCUGGGGCACCUGCGCGCCGAAGCCGAGCCUCAGGAGCCCAGCGAUGACUUCUUCAACAUGCUCAUCAAAUGCCAGUCCUCCCGGAUAGACGAUCAGCGGUGUUCUCCUCCUGAAGGUGGUCCCCGCGCCCCCACCGUCCCGGACGAGGAUUUCUUCAGCCUCAUCCAGAGGGUUCAGGCAAAACGCAUGGACGAACAGCGCGUCCAGCUUCCCUCUGACGACAACCCGGAUAACGAGAACGCUUCUGAAGACUCCAGCUAAGACCACGCAGAGACGGGGCGCAGAGACUGAGAAAACGUCGGAAAGGUUUCUGGAUCACGACUGCACAUCUGUCUGUGUGUUUGUGUACGAGGGACUUUUUAAUCCAGGACCAGCUCACGUGGUCCCUUACACACCAGCCUCUAGUGUUGUCGUAGGUAGUGUGCGCUCGCUAGCCGUCAAUAAACAUCCCGUACGUCGUCGUUGUGAUGUGUUGGUUUUAACGCCCGAAUCAGGGCACUCCUUUUUUAUUUUAUUUUUUUUAUUUUUCUAAAUAGUAUUGUUUAAAAAAAAGAUUCUUCAAAAUUAUUCUGAAUAGGUGCUUUCCCAGGGUCUAAUUUUAUUCUUUUUUUUUUUAGCAUGAUGUAGUAUAUUUAUUAUAGAAUUAUUGGAUAAAAAGACUGACAUAUCAACGACUGUGAAAUUCGACUGUGAAUUAAAAUUAAUUCAGAUCAGACAAAAUCGUGUAAAUGAUACAAGUGUAAGAAUAAAUUGCAUAUAAGCUUUCACAAAAAACAAAGGAACGAACAGACGAGGGUUCUGGAUAUAAAAAAGAAGCGGUAGUGUUUAGCUUUGAUGAUCAUGAUGAUGAUGAUGAUGAUGAUGAUGAUGAUGAUGAUGAUGAUGGUGGUCAAAGCCUUCAAGACAUGUGCUACUGCUAAACGAGCUGUUACAUAACUAAGUGGUUGAUUCUCUAUCGUAAAUGUCCUGACUAUUAAAAAGGACAAAACUAAAAUUUGGAUGUCUGGGCAGAGCGACACAUCCUUCAGAUCACCGAUUGAUCCAAAGCUUCUUUUUUUCUUUUCUUUUUUGCAAUUUUUGGGAGGCAACCUAACAAUUUUAUCGAAUUAAAUAUUUAAAAUUUUCGACAAAAUCCUUGAUAUCAGCUAUACAUGCUCACUACAUAGGGUACAACAUAUAAGUGGUGGAGGACAUAUACGGAGUAGGGCCAAAUGUUUGUGGACACCUGACUGUGUGCUUCUUUUUGAACAUCUCAUUCCAUAUUUAGUCCCUGUUAUAAUAAGCUCCACUCUUCUGGGAAGAUGUUCCACUAGAUUUUGGAGUGUGAUUGUGGAGGUUCAUUCACAGCCACAGAGCUUGGGUACAGUCAGCGGUCAGAGCUCAAUAGCAGGAGAUCCAACCCAUGUGAAGCAGAUCUUCAUGGAGCUGCAUUUGUGCACAGGUGCAUCGUCAUGCUGGAACAGGUUUGGGUCUCCUUGUUCAAUUAAAGGUAAAAUUUCAUGCUCCCGCCUCAAUAGACCUCCUAUACAAUUGUGUUCCUCCAGUUUGGGGAAGAACCACAUAUGGGUAGAAAAGUCAGGUGACCCAAUACUUUUAGAUCCCCACACUGAACUGAUUUCAGAACACGGAUAAAUUUUGCUUUGUCGCCACCUGGUGGUUGUAAGUUUUAAAGUCAGCUUCAGAUAUCUGAUCUGAAAUUUUGUACAUUUUUUGUUUUUAAAAUGAAAUGUUUUUUGCACUUUAAGCUAUUUAUGCGGCCUGGAACUGAUGCUUGUGCUUCUCGUGUGAGCAUUCUCUUUUUUUUUGCUCUUUUUACUUUAUUUUUUCUUUCUUUCUUUCUUUCUUUUUAAUUUUUUUUGCCUCUUUGUUACUUUAUUUUAUGAAAGAAAAGAAAGAAAUAUGCUAAAUAUAAUACGACACACUUGAUGAUGGUCCCUGUUCACUGUAUAGAAGUAAGUGCUUCUGGUGAUUUGUGUCCAAUAAAGUCAUUAUUAUUUCAAAAAUUUACAUACAUAGAAAUGAUAAAAUAAUAGACAUAUAAAUGUAUUUCAUUCUUUAGAUUCGUGUUGAGGUAAUUGUAUAAAAAUAUGAAAGCUACGCUUUAUGUUCCAGCUCAAGAGCUGACUGUAUAUAUUUCUAGCCAAAAACCUUUAAAGAGAUAAAGAUUUAAAUAGUUAAUAUUAAUAUCUGAUUAAUGUCUGAUUAACGUCUGAUUUCAGGAGUCUAAUAGGAAUUUAUCCGAUAUUACUCGGUAUGUUUUUAAAGGUCGAUCACUGCCAUAACUGCCAUUUUUGUAUUUAUUUUGUGUUGUUGGAUGGGCACACGUCCACUUUUCAGCAUUUUAAUAAAAAUGUUGAUUGAAAAUUUU